AUGAAGGACAGCGAGUUGACGGGGUCGGAGUUGCGCCGCGCAUUUCGGCUAGCCUUCGACCGCCUUGAGGAAAAUCGCGACACGGUAAACGCGCUGAACGUCUUUCCCGUCCCGGACGGCGACACGGGAACCAACAUGUCGCUCACGCUCCGGUCGGGAAUUGAGCGGUGUCCCGACGGAGAGGGGCCUUCCGCCGGCGAGGUAGCUUACGAGCUGGCACAAGGGGCUUUCUUCGGUGCACGCGGUAACAGCGGAGUAAUCCUGUCCCAGUUCUUCAAGGGGUUCAGCGACGCCCUUCAGGGCCGUGAGACGUGCUCAGCGGCCGACCUGACGCAGGCGCUGGACAUGGCGCGAGUGGCGGCGUACGGCGCUGUCGGAAGUCCCAAGGAAGGGACGAUGCUUACCGUGAUCCGCAGGGCCGCAGAAGCGGCAGCGGAGAUCGCGGGGGACGCCGACACCACCACCGUCUUUGAGACGGCCUUCGGUGCCUCGUGCAUUGCGCUAAAGAACACCCCGGAGCAAUUGCCAGUGCUCAAGGAAGCGGGUGUUGUGGAUUCCGGCGGGCUUGGGGUGGUGGUGAUCCUGGGCGGGACCCUGGAGGCACUGGCCCCCGACCGCUACGAGGAAGCGAGGGCAAGUGCCGGAUUAGACAGCAUUGUUGACACCAGCAUGGCCUCGCUGGGAGGUGCCGGGCAGUCGCAGGAGCAGGCGGGCAGCGACCUAAGCCUGGAGCAGGUGCGGCAGCGUUGCGAGGAGAUGGGGCGCUCGACAGUAGUGGUUGGCGAUUCCCUAAAUGUCCGGGUGCAUGUGCACAUGGAGGACCCGGGGGCAGCCAUCAGCUACGGAGUGGCCCUGGGAACGGUGUCCAGCGUCAAGAUCGAGAACAUGGACGAGCAGAACGUGGAGUGGGCCGCCGGCCACUCAGGUCCGGCCCCCAGCGUGGGCGCGCCGAUAACCGUGGUCGCGGUGGCGGCAGGACGGGGGCUGGCGGAGCUGUUCAUGGAGUCUGGCUGCGGGCAUGUGAUCGAGGGCGGCCAGACAAUGAACCCCAGCGUGCAACAGAUAAUGGAGGGGGUGGAGCAUGCCGGGGCCGAGCACACCAUAUUCCUGCCCAACAACAAGAACAUCGUGCUGACGGCCCAGCAGGUCGCCGCCAACGACCCGACGAUACACGUGGUGCCGACCCGCAGCGUCCCGCAGGGUGUGGCGGCGUUACUGGCCUACAAUCCGAUAUCGACGGUUGAGGAGAACAUGGCCGCGAUGGAGGGCGUGCUUCCGGAAGUCACGACGAUUGAGAUCACUCAGGCGGUCAGAGACACCAGCGUGGAUGGGGUGGCAGUCAGCCUGGGGGACUACAUCGCCCUGCUGGACGACAAGCUGGUGCUCACAGCGCGGUCAGCGGAGGAUGCCUUGCGGGAGAGCAUCGGAAUGGCGGGAGUCGAUUCAAGCUCCAUCCUUACCAUAUACCGGGGCUCGGACGCCGACCCGGGCGCUGCCGAGGCCUCCGCCGAGGCGCUGGAGGCGGCCACGCCGGGCCUCCAGGUAGACCGGCUCUAUGGCGGGCAACCCCACUACCAUUACCUCGCCUCUAUCGAAUAA